AUGGCUGAAGAAGAUUCUAGAAACAUUGAUCUCUCUCUCGGAGAACCCAAAGAGGAACCGGAAUCUGAAGAUGGCUCCGCAAUAAAGGUGAUACCGAAGGCUAUGCCGGUGCAGACGGGUUUACCUAUGUCCAUGCAAGUGAACAAGACGUUAUUCCAAACUCAAACUCAGGCUCAAUACCAGGCCCAAGCCCAAGCCCAAGCCCAACUAUCGGUUCAAAAAAGAGCAUCCACUAAAGACCGUCACACAAAAGUGGAAGGUCGUGGCCGGAGGAUUCGAAUGCCUGCCACGUGUGCCGCUCGGAUCUUCCAACUCACCCGAGAACUCGGACAUAAAUCAGACGGCGAAACAAUCCGAUGGCUCCUCGAGCACGCCGAACCCGCCAUCAUUGCCGCCACCGGAACCGGCACCGUCCCCGCCAUCGCGAUGUCCGUCAACGGAACUCUCAAAAUCCCAACCACUUCCCCCAACAAGAACUCCGACCAGGAACAACAACAACAGCAAUCCGAAGACUCGCCUGAAAAAAAGAAACGCAAACGACCAGCGAACAGUGCUUACGUGGACAUAAACGAGAGCGCCGUUUCAGUUUCAGCAGGUUUAGUAACAACCUCCAACGUAAACACAAACAUGAAUAACACCGCGAUAAUUUCGCAACAAACUGCAAUUCCGUUACCGCAAAACAUGGUCCCUGUGUGGGCCAUACCAUCAAACACCGUUGUUCCAACCGGAAACGCGUUCUUUGUGGUCCCAGCGAAUCAGCCUCAGUUUUUCACAUUAGCUAGACCAAUCUCCGGUUUCGUUUCAUCCAUGAUAACUCCCGUAGUUCAACUCCAACAAGCCUCCACCUUAUCCAUCCCAUGUUCAACGUCACCGUCGUCAAAAUCUCCGGCGAGAGCCACCGUCAUGGCGCCGAGCACCGCCGCAACAACCACCCCGCGAACGUUGAGAGACUUUUCAUUGGAGAUUUAUGAUAGGCGAGAGCUUCAGUUAUUGUCGCGAUCUUCUUCCAAGCAUUGA